GUCAUGGCAUGCGCAUAAAUGGUGCGUACGAGAAAUGGGUCGAUCAUGGCGGUUUAUGUUGUAUAUUCGCGCUUUUAGAAAUGUGAUACAUUUUCACAUUUCCUAAGGAAAUUGACAGUGUGUUAGAAUUGUUUUAUAUUCUUAAUAGGGCGUUGAUGAAAGACUUUACCAAUGCUGAAACAAUUGCAGAUGGGCCUUCGUGCGUUUUUAUUACUAGCGUCAAGAGUUUGGACUUGUGUUUGUUUCUUAUUGAAGAAGCAGGUUAGAGCAGUGGUUCAGCAUCAACCAGUAAAAUAUGAAAUUUUUCCUCUGUCACCUCUUUCAAGACAUAGGCUCAGUAUAGUGAAGCGUAAGGUGUUGGUUUUAGAUUUGGACGAGACAUUGAUCCACUCACACCAUGAUGGUGUGAUGCGACAAACAGUGAAACCAGGGACACCACCAGACUUUGUUCUGAAAGUCACAAUAGAUAGGCACCCAGUCCGAUUCUUUGUGCACAAACGACCGCAUGUGGACUACUUCCUAGAUAUUGUGUCACAAUGGUAUGAGUUGGUAGUAUUUACAGCGAGCAUGGAGAUCUAUGGUGCAGCUGUAGCAGACAAACUUGACAACAAUCGUGGGAUUUUGAGGAGACGUUACUACAGGCAACAUUGCACGCCAGACCUAGGCAGUUAUACCAAGGACUUGUCAGCCAUCUGUGGGGAUCUUGCUAGCAUAUUUAUUCUGGAUAAUUCACCAGGGGCAUACAGAGCUUAUCCAGAUAAUGCUAUCCCUAUCAAGUCAUGGUUCAGUGAUCCGAUGGAUACGGCACUCCUGAACCUUUUGCCAGUAUUGGAUGCACUGCGUUUUACCCAAGAUGUUCGCAGUGUUUUAAGUCGAAAUCUUCAUCUGCAUCGGCAGUGGUAGCAGUGAAUGUUUCCAUGUGUUCAUAUAAUGUGGACAGGAUUUCAACCAGUACUGUAGUUGGUUGUUCAUUAGCUCUGCUCCUCACCCUAAGUUCUGGGUAAAGUCAUUGUGUACAGAAUUGAGUGAAACAAAACAUGUUGUACAGAACAUCGUAACAGUAACAGGCAACAGCCAGGUGUAUUGGGAUAAGUAAAAAAAUUACUUUUUGUUCUUUGUCAGAAAAACAAGUUGUAAGAGCAGGAGACAGAAGAUUUACCAUACCUUGCUGCUUUAAAAACUCUGAUAUGGAUAUGUAUUUGAAAAGUUGAAGUUCAUGGUGAAUGUGCUGUUUUGAAUUGACUGUUCCUUCCUCAGACCCUCUGAUUCCUGUUAAUUUAAGGAAGGGUUUCUCAGUUUCUAAUUCUGUUUCCAAAUGAGAAGGGUUUGUUGUGAAGCACAAACUGUCUCAAUUACCAUUGGCACAUUAUGUUAGAAUUCAAGUAUAUAGUUUUCAGUUUUUAAAUAACCAAUUAUUGUUUUCUGUAUCAGAAAACAUAGUUAUAUUAGGACUGGUUAAACAAGUCCCUGAAGUUUUUUUAACUUGUUAAUAAAACUUUAUUAUAUAUUAAAAUAGUAGUCUUAUCCUUUUGCACAUCAUGAGAUGUACUGGUGUAAUGUGUUAUGAGAAUUUACUGGGAUGCCAGUUAGACUUAGUGCUCUGUUGUGGGUUUGGUGAGAAAUUUAAUGUAAAAUAGGUUCAGCAACCAGAUUUAAAUUCUCCAGAGUUAUAAAAUAUAGUGGAAGUCUGUUAUAAUGAGAAUUCAUAACAGGAGAAAAAUUAGCACUGUAACAAAUACUUGUUAUAGGCAGUUAAGCACCUGGAAAUGUGUAUCACUCAAAAAGACAAAUGGCAUAGUUAUCUUACGAUAGAAAGUGUCUAUAAGGAAAUUAUUAGAUAUUCUGUAAUAUGUAAACUGUGUGAAUCAUAUUACCAGAUUUGAAGUUGAUACACAAAAGAAAAAAUGUCUGCAAGUUUACUAACACUGAUUAUGAACACAGUAGUGGAAAUUGUCUGUAUGGUAUUAACCAUUCAACAAACAUGGUGACUUUUUGGUGUAUAACUGACUUGCGAUUGUACUUACAGCCGAAAUAUUGAGUAUUUAUGCCUUGUGUUGUUUCUCUGUUGGAGCUCAGUUUCUUAGAGUUUUAUAAUAAGACGUGUCUCUUAUUACUAUGAAAACACAGAUCCUAGUGUCUUCUAAUGAAGAGAAGGCAAGGUAAUUACCAAGACCUACCCAUGUUUACUGUUCAAGCCAAAAAUACCGAGAAGAUUUUUGGACUGUUGGUGUGAGUACAGUGUGUGCCCAUAACUGAAUAGCAGAAUGAUAAAGUUUGGCCAGGUCUACCCAUCACUUGCCUCCCUCUCUCUUUGUUGGAGAACAAUACAUCUUGUCUCAUUGUUAUGACUAAGUGCGAAUGCACAGGGUGUUACUGCUGAGGACUGCUGCUACUCUUCCUGUGAAAAAUGAGAUGGCAUGCAUAAUGUGAUUUGCUGCUUCUUUGUGAAUAGGAGUAAUAGAAGCUGGUAGACAUGAAUUAAUCAGUGGCGAAUGUCUGGCCUGUAUUUACAUCAGACACCAGGGCACAAAGCAUACUUUAAAUGCUACACAAAUGUCCUGUGCUUUUCCACAUUCCUUAAAAAGUGUUGGAGUGGUUGGUUUGGUGAUGGUGCUGUAUUUUUCUUUAGGUGGGUUAGUCAGCACCUUUUGUGGAGAUUUUAUUUGAACUAAAUCAUGCAGCACUAUUGGCUGCACUUGGUUUUGUUCACAUGCACAAGGUAGAUCCAUGACUCUGUGGCAUGCUUACUAAGAUUUGUUCUGUGCAAACUUUGACACUCGUCCCAUAGAAGACCCAUGUAAACAGGGAAUAAGAGAAAAUGGCAUAGAGAAGCAGUAGUGUGAUAGGGUGUAACUCUCACCAUGAUGAUUCCUUUACAUGAAUGUGUGGAGUAACCAUUAUGAGACAGUGUGUACUACACGAAGCCAUGCAGAAAACUGACAUAUACCUCUGUAUGCAUCAUCUAACGAAAUUUACUUGUCCAUCCACAUGACACCAUCCAAAAGAACAGAAUAUAUUAUAUUUAAGCAUCCUGUUGCGCUCUACACGAUAAAUGAUAUAAACUCCGUCCCAAGUGCAAACAAU